AUGGAACCAAUUGUGAUCACCAAAGACAUCAUCAUCAACGAGGAGAAGGAUAUCUCCGUCCGCAUGUACUUACCACCCGCAAUAACAUCAUUAACAUGUACUGGUGAUUGCCACAGGAGUUUGCGAUAUCCCAUUCAGAUUUACUUCCAUGGCGGACUCAUCCUUAAAGAAUCAUCCUCCGUGUUCCGUGAAGAAAUUUGCAAGAAAGCUGCAACCUGGAUUCCUACAAUAGUUCUAAGCGUUAAUUACCAUCUGGAUUCAGAGCACCGACUCCCUACUGCCUUCUAUGAGGCAGAGGAAAUAGUGAUGUGGUUGAAGCAGCAGGCAUUGGACCCGCAAGGUGAGGUGUUGUUGAGGGAAUUUGGUGACUUCUCUCGGUGUUUCUUCGUGGGGUGGAGCAGCGGUGGCAACAUCGCGAUGUAUUCCUUGUUGCAUAUCUUGGGGCUAGACAUUGAACCAUUGAAGUUCCGUGGGUUGAUAUUGAGCCAGCCGGUGUUCGGUGGGAUGGAGAGGACUAAAUCAGAGCUGAAAUACGCCGACGACAUGAUCUUACCUCUGUCCACCACGGAUGAAUACUGGGAGUCCAUACUGCCGGUCGGAGCUGAUCGAGACCACGAGUUCUCAAAUCCCAUGGUGAGAGGGGUCUACACUGAUAAGAUUGAAAUGUUGCCUAAGUGCCUGGUGAGGGGCUUCAGAGGGGAUGUUAGCAGCGAUAGGCAGAAGUAUUUGGUUGAGAUACUAUUGGAACGUGGCCUGCAAGUUGAUGCUCAAUUCGAUGAUAUUGGUUUCCAUGGCAUCGAUCUCGUCGAUCCCAGAAGGGCUCUCAUCACUAUGUCCAAGACCAGAGAGUUCAUGCGUUCUUGCUAA